CCCGGAGGAUGGAGCCACGGGGGAACCUGGAGGCUGGGAGCGUGGAGCUGGGGCCGCCGUGGCAGGCGCUCCCCGUCCUGUCGGAGCAGCAGAGCGAGGCGGUGGAGCUGGUGCCCGCCUUCGCUGCGCCUGUGCUUGACCCGCGCCAGACCUCCCGUCUGGUCCGCGAGGUGUCCGCCGCCCUGCCGCUGCCCAGCCAGCCGCACCUCAAGCGCGUGCGGCCCAACCCAGACGCGCAGCGCCCGCACGCGCUGGAACUGCUGUUGUGCCUGGCGGGGCCGCGCCCGGGCACACGCACACUGGCCGAGCUACUGCCGCCCACCGUGGAUGCGCGCGGCCUCGGGCCGCCCUUCUUGGCACCUGUGCCCGCCCGGCCCCCGCUGACGCGCGCCCAGUUCGAGGCAGCCCGAGCUCACUGGCCUUCGACCUUCCAUGAGGACAAGCAGGUGACGCGCGCGUUGGCCGGGCGGCUCUUCUCCGCGCAGGAGCGCGCCCGCAUGCAGGGCCACAUGGAGCGCGCCGUGAGGGUGGCGCAACAGGCGGCCGCACGGGGCCUGCGGGCCGUGGGUGCUGUGGUGGUGGACCCCAUCUCGAGCCGUGUUCUGGCAGCUGGCCACGACUGCUGCAGUGACACGAGCCCCCUGCUGCACGCCACCAUGGUGUGCAUUGACCUGGUGGCCCAGGGCCAGGGCUGCGGCGCCUACGACCUCGGGACUCACCCCGCCUGCUGGUUCGCGUCAACCACCGGCCCCCAGGGCGCACGCCCGGGCGCGGUGCGGAAACUGGAGCGUGAGGACUUGGACGGCGAGGACGGACUUCCUUAUGUGUGCACUGGCUACGACCUGUACAUCACCCGCGAGCCCUGCGUCAUGUGCGCCAUGGCCCUCGUCCACGCCCGUAUCCGCCGCGUCUUCUAUGGCUCACCGUCGCCCGAUGGCGCCCUGGGCACCCGCUUCCGCCUGCACGCCCGGCCCGACCUGAACCACCGCUUCCAGGUGUUCCGGGGCGUGCUGGAGCACCAGUGCUGCGUCCUUGACCCCGACACAUAGGCUCCAGGACCCUGUCGACCACCCCAGACGCCCAACUGCCCAGAGCGACGCCUAUAGUACACAGGAUCCGUGGACCUGCCUUGCCGCUGCAGAGCUUGGCUCCCUCCCCCAGGCCUGCCUGCAUAGCUGCCCUGCCCGGCCCCAUGGUAACUAAUGUUCAGGCUCUGUGGACUCGCCUCAUCUGCUCAGAGCCACUGCCACGGACCAGCCUUUCUUUCAGACACCUCGCUCUUGUGUGUUGCUCAGUCUGCCUGUGCCCACCAACCAUGCUGUGACUGGUUCCACCUGGGACCAGCCUCCUCUGUCAGACACCCCAUGCCCGCCCGUUGCUCUGUCUGCCUGUGCCCACCACCAGGCAGUGACUAAGGCUGGCUCCUGCUCAGAGCUUGUGUUGCGGGGACUGGAGCAUAUGGGGCCACCUGCACUGCACCCUGCCUGUCCCCCCGAAGCUCUUGAGCCCGCAGCCCCUGCGGUCUCAUGCACUUGGCCUCUGCCUUUGCUGUCGGAGCAUGUUUGGUGUGCAGAAAUAAACAAGUGA